AUGGCUGGACGACCUCCUGGGGGUCCUCCCCGCGGCGGCCGGUCGCAUGACGCCGACGACCUGCUGCUGGACCUCGACAACGAGCAGCCCGUCUACAGCCAGGGCCAGCGAUCCGCGCUCAACGACGACGACCUCCUGAGGAAUUACAACCAGGCCCAGGAGGGCCGCCCCUCAGUGUCCUACGAUGACUUUGUCGGCGCCACCGGCAGCUCCCCGAACCGUCACCAGCCCGGUGCUGGCACCGGGCAACAACACCCCUCCGACCUCGACGCCGCCGGCCCCUACAUGAACCGCCAAUACAGCCAGACCUCCGAGCUGGGCAACUACCAGCGUUACGCUGACGACUUGGACGACUACCCCGCCGACCGCGCCUCGUACUACCAGAACGAUGGCGCCUCGACCAUGCGCGGCUCUACGAGUGCCGGCCUGCAAGCCGCGCGUAAACGAAACAGCGUCCUCGGCCUCGGCGGAGGCUUUCUGGGGCGCUUCCGAAACCGAAUGAGCCGCGGCCAGGGCUACUCGGAGAUGGAUCUCCCGCUGACCGAGGGAGGCCACGACAGGGGCGGCGGUGUGUCACCACCUCCCCAGCAAAAACAAGGCGGCGGCAGCAGCGGAGGUGGCGGGUUCGAUCUAGGGAACUUCAAAUUCGGCUUCGGCUCCCGCAAACCAGAUCCUUCGACCCUAGGCCCUAGAAUCAUCUACCUCAACAAUCCCCCCGCUAAUGCCGAGAACAAGUAUGUCGACAAUCACAUCUCCACCGCCAAAUACAACUUUGCAACCUUUUUGCCAAAAUUUCUCUUUGAACAAUUCUCCAAAGUCGCCAACGUCUUCUUCCUGUUCACGGCGGCGCUCCAACAAAUUCCCGGUCUUUCGCCCACGAAUCGGUACACGACCAUCGCCCCCCUACUCAUUGUGCUGUUGAUCUCUGCUGGUAAAGAAUUGGUGGAGGACUACCGAAGAAAACAGGCAGACAAUGCCCUGAAUACUUCGAAAGCACAAGUCCUGCGGGGCUCCAGCUUCACGGAAACGAAAUGGAUCAACGUGGCAGUCGGCGACGUCGUCCGAGUCGAAUCGGAAGAGCCCUUUCCUGCGGAUCUCGUUCUCUUGGCUAGUUCGGAGCCUGAAGGUCUCUGCUACAUUGAAACUGCAAACCUCGAUGGCGAGACCAAUCUGAAAAUCAAGCAGGCGCUUCCCGAGACGUCAACUAUGGUUUCCCCUAGCGAGUUGAGUCGUCUGACGGGCCGCAUCAAGUCCGAACAGCCAAACAGCAGUUUGUACACGUACGAGGCUACGCUAACUAUGCAAGCCGGCGGUGGCGAGCGUGAGCUUGCUUUGAACCCGGAGCAACUCGUCCUUCGUGGCGCUACCUUACGAAACACACCUUGGAUCCACGGUGUUGUGGUGUUUACCGGCCACGAGACCAAGCUGAUGCGCAAUGCUACGGCUGCACCCAUCAAGCGAACCAAAGUUGAGCGACAGGUCAACUCUCUUGUGCUGAUCCUUGUCGGCAUGCUUCUUGUCCUCAGCGCUGCUUGUACCGUUGGUGAUUUGGUUACGCGCCAGGUCAGUGGCCACAACUAUGGCUAUCUGUAUUUAGACAAGAUUUCUGGUGUCGGUAUUGCCCUCAAGACCUUCUUCAAGGACAUGGUGACGUACUGGGUCUUGUUCUCUGCCCUCGUCCCCAUCUCGCUCUUCGUCACUGUUGAGCUGGUAAAGUACUGGCACGCUAUCCUCAUCAACGACGAUCUGGAUAUGUACUACGACAAGACGGAUACCCCCGCCACUUGCCGAACGUCCAGCUUGGUCGAGGAACUGGGCAUGGUGGAGUAUGUCUUUUCUGACAAGACUGGCACUCUGACUUGCAACAUGAUGGAGUUCAAGCAGUGCUCUAUUGGUGGCAUCAUGUACUCGGACGAUGCUCCGGAGGACCGACGUGCAACCUCACCGGAUGACAUCGAAACUGGUAUUCACGACUUUAAGCGGCUCAGAUCCAAUCUGGCAGAGGGCCACUACACCGCGCAGGCAAUUGAUCAUUUCCUCGCGCUCUUGGCUACCUGCCACACUGUCAUUCCGGAGGUGGACGAGAAAGGCAGAAUCAAGUACCAGGCAGCUUCGCCCGAUGAGGGUGCGCUGGUUGACGGUGCAAAGACGCUUGGAUAUACAUUCUUUGCUCGUAAACCCAGAGCGGUCAUCAUUGAAGUUGGCGGACAGGAGCUAGAAUACGAGCUCUUGGCCGUCUGCGAGUUCAACUCUACCCGUAAAAGAAUGUCGACGAUUUACCGCUGCCCAGAUGGAAAAAUUCGCUGCUACUGCAAGGGUGCCGAUACCGUCAUCCUGGAACGCCUACACGACCAAAAUCCGCAUGUGGAUGCCACCUUGCGCCACCUGGAGGAGUACGCCUCUGAAGGUCUUCGAACACUCUGCUUGGCCAUGCGUGAAGUUCCGGAGCAGGAAUUCCAAGAGUGGCAACGCAUCUUCGAGACGGCGGCUACCACCGUCGGUGGCAACCGAGCCGACGAGCUGGACAAGGCUGCAGAAAUCAUUGAGCACGACUUUACCCUGCUCGGUGCGACUGCCAUUGAGGAUCGUCUCCAGGACGGUGUUCCUGAGACCAUCCACACGCUCCAAGAGGCCAACAUCAAGGUCUGGGUCCUUACCGGCGAUCGGCAGGAGACCGCCAUCAACAUUGGCAUGAGCUGCAAGCUGCUCAGCGAAGACAUGAUGCUCCUGAUUGUCAAUGAGGAGUCUGCUGAGGCGACCCGGGACAACCUACAGAAGAAAAUCGACGCGAUCCGCACACAAGGCGACGGGACGAUUGAGAUGGAGACGCUGGCGCUCGUCAUUGAUGGCAAGUCGCUGACGUUUGCGCUUGAGCGUGACCUGGAGCAGCUGUUCCUCAAGCUGGCCAUCAUGUGCAAGGCGGUGAUUUGCUGCCGCGUGUCGCCGCUGCAGAAGGCGCUGGUGGUGAAGCUCGUCAAGAAGUAUCAGCGCAGCUCGAUCCUGCUCGCCAUCGGCGACGGAGCCAACGACGUCUCCAUGAUCCAGGCGGCGCACAUCGGCGUGGGCAUCAGCGGCGUCGAGGGCUUGCAGGCGGCGCGCAGUGCCGACGUGGCGAUUGCGCAGUUCCGCUACCUGCGCAAGCUGCUGCUCGUGCACGGCGCGUGGAGCUACCAGCGCAUCAGCAAGACCAUUCUGUUUUCCUUUUACAAGAAUAUCACUCUGUAUCUGACGCAGUUCUGGUACGCUUUCCAAAACGUCUUCUCCGGACAGGUCAUCUACGAGUCGUGGACGCUGUCGUUUUACAACGUCUUCUACACCGUCUUUCCCCCGCUCGCCAUCGGCAUCCUCGACCAGUUCAUCUCGGCGCGGCUGCUCGACCGCUACCCCCAGCUGUACACCAUGGGCCAGCAGAACCUGUCGUUCAAGAUCAAGGUCUUUUGGCAGUGGAUCGCCAAUGCCGUCUACCACUCGAUCGUGCUGUACAUCUUCGCGGAGCUCAUCUGGUACGGGGACCUGAUCCAGGGCGACGGCAAGACGGCGGGCCACUGGGUCUGGGGCACGGCGCUCUACGGUGCCGUUCUGCUGACGGUCCUCGGCAAGGCCGCGCUCGUCACCAACAACUGGACAAAGUAUCACGUCAUGGCCAUCCCGGGCAGCAUGGCUGUCUGGUACGUCUUCAUCGCCGCGUACGGCACCGUUGCGCCCAUGAUCCCCAUCUCGGCCGAGUACCACGGCGUCGUGCCCCGUCUGUAUAGCAGCCCGAUUUUCUGGCUGCAGACGGUCGCCCUCGCCGGCAUCUGCCUGCUGCGCGACUUCACCUGGAAGUACGCCAAGCGCAUGUACCGCCCCCAGACCUACCACCAUAUCCAAGAGAUUCAAAAGUACAACAUUCAAGAUUACCGCCCCAGAAUGGAGCAGUUCCAAAAGGCCAUCCGCAAGGUCCGCCAGGUCCAGCGCAUGCGGAAGCAGCGCGGCUACGCCUUCUCCCAGGCCGACGAGAGCCAGACCCGCGUGCUGCAGGCAUACGACACCACCAAGAACCGUGGACGGUACGGCGAGAUGGCGAGCUCACGUCCGCAAUAG